AGUGAAAAUGGUUGAGAAAACAAGGGGAAGAAAGGAAGAGGUGGUGACUAGAGAAUACACGAUCAACCUUCACAAGCGACUCCAUAGCUGCACAUUCAAGAAGAAGGCUCCCAAGGCAAUAAAGGAGAUCCGGAAAUUUGCAGAAAAAGCCAUGGGGACAAAGGACGUAAUAGUUGAUGUGAAGCUGAACAAGCUCUUAUGGAGAGGAGGGAUCCGAAGUGUCCCGAGAAGGGUUAGGGUUCGCGUUGCUCGAAAAAGAAAUGAUGAUGAAGAUGCAAAGGAAGAACUCUACUCUCUGGUAACUGUUGCUGAGAUCCCUGCCGAAGGACUGAAAGGUUUGGGCACCAAGUAA